AUGUUUAUUGAAUAUGGUCGUCACCGUGGUUUCCCCGCAGAAGAGCUACUCGUCCAUGAAAUCACCAGGUCCGCUUUCUUCUUGGUUGACAAGGAUGGCUAUGUGAAAAAGAGUGUAAAAUCCCAGUUGGCGACAGAGUUGUUGAAGCUACGCCCAGAAAUAGACGCAAAAGGCCCGACAACACCUCCAGCAACCAAAGCUUAUAUUAUCGACUUCAUGGCGAUGGUUAGAAAAAUCCCAUUGAAGAAACUGGAACCACCUGUGAAGACAUUCAACGACUUUGCAGCUGCCCUGACUAAAAUGAUCGUCAACGCUGGAGGCAACAGUGAUGAAAUACACAUAGUUUUCGACACUUACAAGGAAGACAGCAUCAAGAAUGUAGAAAGACAGAGAAGAGGAAAGUCAAAUGAAAUGAUUGUUUUGGAUUCGAUUUCUCCAAACCAUCGAGUCCCCGUUAAACUGGAGAACUUUUGGUCUUCUUCCGCUAGCAAAACCGUAUCCCAAGCAUUCUAUGUCGAAUGGCUCAAAACCAACUACGAUGGAAAUAAACCGCUAUACCUUGGUAGAUCUCCAAAAGCAUGGUUCGUAUCGGCAGGACGUGCAUCUCCAUUCCCUGGACUUGAUUGUACACAUGACGAAGCUGAUGAUAGGAUGAUAUUUCAUGUUCAAUAUAUUUUAUGUCACGAAUCUGGUCCCACUUCAAUUACGCUCUCCUCGGGUGAUACAGAUGUUUUCGUAUGCCUCUUGUACGACUUUGUUGUCAACUGGAAACAUCUUGGUCUUGAUGAAUUAUGGCUUAUACGCAAUUCAGGCCUAAAACGUUCAAUAUUGCCACUGACGAAGAUAUGUCUCACGCUUGAAGAAGAAUUAAUAAAAUGUCUUCCUGCACUUCAUGCACUAACUGGAUGCGAUACAACCAGCAAGAUAGCCACGAAAUUAGCAGCUCUCAACGCUAUUCGCAUUCCAAGGAACCUCCCACUCCUCGCAAAUUUUAAUUGUCCACAACUGACAGACAACGCGAUAAAAUUGGCAGAAAUUUUUUUGGUCAAGUGCCUCAAACCAUCUACGCACUUGGAAACAUUUGAUGAGCUACGUAUCGAUACAUUUGACGACAAUGCCCUGAAAUUAGACUUCGAAAAAACAGCCUGCACCAGUACGAACAUUAGGAUGCAUAUCCAAAGAAGCUAUUAUCAAUCGCAGCUGUGGAUUCAAGCCCCAUUUAGAGAUGCAACAACGCUUUUGAAUGCCGAAGAUUAUGGCUUUGAAAGAAAAAACAAUUUAAUUGUUCCUGAAAUUGUCAUCACCAAACCUGAGGGCCUUUUGGAUCCGUGCAAGCAGGGCGCUGUAAAACACGGGCGGUGAAACGGAGAUAGCGCCCCUGAUCUUUGUGUGAUGCGCGUACCCCCCGUAUACAUUAUUUAAUGUAAAUAAAAUGGCGGAUAGCAUGAGCGAAAUGUUGGAUUUGGAAGAGGAAAAUACACCAACGCCUUGCCUCACAAAUCCACAAAACUUAAACUGGAUUUUUUCUGAACAUGGUCAAGCAUUUUUUCGCACGGUUCUUAAUACCGUUGGUCUUGCAGGAAGCGAGACGAUGGAGUCCAGGGCGGCAAGAGCAUAUUUUCUCACACCGAGAAAACUCAAAAAAAUAUCGAUGUUGCUGUUGAAUUUUUGAAGGAGAUAUCAACCUGUUUUCAGGUUUGUUACCAAAACAUUCAAGAUAUCAAAUGUUUAAACAAGAAGAUGGUGCAUCUUGAGAGGAGUUUUGUGACUUUAUGCGAUAAUUUAUCAAUAAAAAACAAAUGGUGUUUACUAUUAAAUUCUUGUGGCCUGCAAACAUCUGAUGGGACCAACAUUGUUUUAAAUCAUGUCCUGCAGCAUUUUUGGAGUUCUGUAGUUUUAGAAAAUUCUGGUGAAUUAGAUGAGAACAGUGCAACAAUAGAUUUAUCCACAACCUCUGCUGGCUCUGCAGCUUGUAGCUCAACAACCAGUUCAGAAUCUACUCAAUGUGUUGAUGAACUUGAAAAUAUUGAAGCAAAGUCUAUUCAAGAACAUGCUGGCUGGGUAUGUAAGCGUGUUAGAGAUUUAUUCAAAGAUGGACCAGAAGUACACAAAAUUCAGUUGUCAAAAACAAACAAUGUUCAAAUAGAAGUGGGUAACACAAAAUUCAGUUGUCAAAAACAAACAAUGUUCAAAUAGAAGUGGGUAAGCAUUUCAUACUGUCAUUAAUUCAACGGUUGGGGCAUGAUGCCUUGGUUUAGCCUGGAAGAUUUUUAUUUACCCCAAUUCCAGAUGUGUUGGAGGUUUUUGUUUACCUGCACAAUAUUAUUGAACAGAUUGUUAAAGAAAGACUUGAAACAUGUGCGGACAAAGACAUAUUAAAAACAUGUUUGAAGUUUUUGAGCGAAGAUCCAAACCUACGUAAACUGUGGCAAAAAUUACUAGGAAAUGAAGAUAAUGACAGUUUUCGUGCUGGUUCUGUGGUAUUACUGCAAAGAGUUGUUGGAAUGUUUUUGAAAUCGAAGCAGCAAAUCAUCCGAGAGCAACUGCAACUGAAAGCUAAUAAACAAAGCUCAUCAUUACGGCAAACUAUUACUAAAAGCCAAAGAAGAACCCGAAUGAACCUGUUGAAUGCCUUGUUGCAUUUCGUGGAAAUCCAACAGAUGCUUCUACUGUAG